CUGAGAUUGCACUAUAUUGCAUAUUUUGGUCUACUUCUAAGAGCUACACCAGUCUCUGUUUCCUUAACAUUUAUCUUCUCUCCCUUUCAAUAUCUUUCUAGAGAGAAGGAAAUGGGGCAGAAUCGCUUACCAAAGGAAAGGAAGAGAAAUUGGCUUGAUGCCCUUUUGAGUAGCAACUUUGGAUGUUGUGAAAAUCACAAAGACAUUAGAUUUAGUGACAAGAAUGUGUUCUGCAUAGACUGCGCAGCUAGCUUGUGUAGGCACUGCAAGGAAUCUCAUUCCCUCCAUCGGAGGAUUCAGAUAUACAAAUACUCCUAUCAGGAUGUUGUGCGCCACUCUGAGCUGCACAAGUAUUUUGAUUGCUCAAAUAUUCAGACUUAUAUAUCCAACAAUGAUAAGAUUGUGCAUCUCAAACCCCGGACUUCAUCCAAAGACAUGAAGCUAACAAAAAAAUCUAAAUUUGAGAGUCCAAGUCCAGAGCCUCAAGCCAAAGAGGCGAAAGAAGCCAAAGUAUCAACAAAUCCAAAGUGGGGUGGUACUUGUGAAGAAUGUGGAAAGCAUUUACAAGAUGAGCGCAAUAAAUUCUGCUCCAUUACAUGCAAGAUCUCAGUGGAGCCACAAAAUCAAGGCUUUCCAAUUGAAGGAAUUGCUGAGAAUGCUAACCAAAUUGAUAACCAAAACUCAGAAACUGAAUCAUCUAUCUCUGUUGCUGAGCCAUAUGAGUGUGUUGAAGUUGUGAAUUUCAGAAAGCGCCCAAGGAAAUUCACCCCUCGGAGAUCAUGUCAAUUUGUUUACCCAUAUUGAAAAUUGUUUUUCUUACUUAACUUCUCUUACACUUGUAUUUAAUUUCAGUGUCAAUUUUUGGAGAAUAAGAAUUCUUGGAACAUUUUGGGACUGAAAAAGUUGGGAGUUGCAGGUUCAGUAGCUUUGAGAAUAGUAACUA